UCCCUACCGCGCUCUCCUCUGCCCCGGGAUGGCUGCCGGUCUGCGCAGCUGGCUGCUCUGGGCCCUGCUCCUGCGCUCCGCCCGGGGGGAGCUGUACACGCCCAUCCACCAGGCUGGCUACUGCACCUUCUAUGAUGAGUGCGGGAGCAACCCGGAGCUGUCCGGAGGCCUCACGUCGCUGUCCAAUGUGUCCUGCCUGUCCAACACCCCGGCGCGCCUCAUCACGGGCGACCACCUGGCCCUCCUGCAGCGCGUCUGUCCCCGCCUCUACAAUGGCCCCGACACCACCUACGCCUGCUGCUCUGCCAAGCAGCUGAUGUCGCUGGAGAUGAGCAUGAGCAUCACCAAGGCCCUCCUCACCCGCUGCCCGGCCUGCUCCGACAACUUCGCCAGCCUGCACUGCCAGAACACCUGCAGCCCCGACCAGAGCCUCUUCAUCAACGUCACCCGCGUGUUCCCUCGGGGAGCCAGUGAGCCGCCGGCCGUGGUGGCCUACGAGGCUUUCUACCAGCGCAGCUUCGCGGAGCAGGCCUACGAGUCCUGCAGCCGAGUGCGCAUCCCCGCGGCCGCCUCGCUGGCCGUGGGCAGCAUGUGCGGUGUGUACGGCUCCACUCUUUGCAACGCCCAGCGCUGGCUCAACUUCCAGGGAGACACGGGGAACGGCCUGGCCCCGCUGGAAAUCGCCUUCCACCUCUGUGACCCUGGCCAGGCCCUGAGAGACGGGAUGCAGCCACUGGACGCUAUGAUCGUGGCCUGUAACGAGGCCCAGGGCAAUGGCACGGCGGCCUGCUCCUGCCAGGACUGUGCUGCCUCCUGCCCUGUCAUCGCCCCACCCGCUGCCAUGCGCCCCUUCUCCUACAUAGGUCGCUUGCCAGGCUGGGUGGUCCUCCUCAUCAUCUUCUGCUCCGUCUUUGUGCUGCUCACCACCGUCCUCGCCCGACUCCGGGUGAUUUCCAGCAGGAGGAGGAAGGCCAAAAGCCGGGGCCCGCCCGUGGCCCCCAGCCCUUCGGAGAAACUCAGGCGCUCCCCACACAUGAUCCUUGGCCAGUUCUUUGACAGCUGGGGAAGAAAGGUGGCCUCGUGGCCCCUGACCGUCCUGGCAGUGUCCCUGGUGGUAGUUGUGGCUUUGGCAUCGGGCCUGACAUUCGUGGAACUCACCACAGACCCCAUGGAAUUGUGGUCGGCUCCCAACAGCCAACCCCGGCAGGAGAAGGAGUUCCACGAUGAGCACUUUGGCCCCUUCUUCCGAACCAACCAGGUUUUCCUGACGGCACCGAACCGGUCCAGCUACAGGUAUGACUCCUUGCUGCUGGGGCCCAAGAACUUCAGCGGGAUAUUGAGCCUGGACCUCUUGCUGGAGCUGCUGGACCUGCAGGAGAGGCUGCGGCACCUGCAGGUGUGGUCGCCCGAGGCGCAGCGCAACGUCUCCCUGCAGGACAUCUGCUACGCACCCCUCAAGCCGCACAACACCAGCCUCUCUGACUGCUGCGUCAACAGCCUCCUGCAGUACUUCCAGAACAACCGCACGCUCCUGCUGCUCACUGCCAACCAGACACUGACGGGCCAGACUGCCAAGGUGGACUGGAGGGACCACUUUCUCUACUGCGCCAACUCUCCCCUCACCUUCAAAGACGGCACAGCCCUGGCCCUGAGCUGCAUGGCGGACUACGGGGCCCCUGUCUUCCCUUUCCUCGCCGUCGGGGGGUACCGAGGGAAGGACUAUUCCGAGGCAGAGGCCCUCAUCAUGACCUUCUCCCUCAACAACUACCCCGCGGACGACCCCCGGCUGGCUCAGGCCAAGCUCUGGGAGAAGGCCUUCGUGCAGGAGCUGCAAGCCUUCCAGCAGAGGACGGCCGGCGUGUUCCGGGUGGCCUUCAUGGCCGAGCGCUCUCUGGAGGAUGAGAUCAACCGUACAACACUCAAGGACCUGCCCAUCUUUGCUAUCAGCUACGUGGUCAUCUUCGUGUACAUCUCCCUGGCCCUGGGCAGCUACUCUAGAUGUGGCCGAGUUCUGGUGGAGUCCAAGGCCACCCUGGGCCUGGGCGGGGUGGCUGUGGUGGUGGGAUCAGUUGUGGCUGCCAUGGGCUUCUACUCCUACCUGGGCGUCCCCUCCUCCCUGGUCAUCCUCCAAGUGGUGCCUUUCCUGGUGCUGGCGGUGGGCGCCGACAACAUCUUCAUCCUUGUCCUCGAGUACCAGAGGAUGCCGCGGAUGCCUGGGGAGGGACGAGAGGCCCACAUUGGCCGAGCCCUGGGCAGCGUGGGCCCCAGCAUGCUGCUCUGCAGCCUCUCAGAGACCAUCUGCUUCUUCCUGGGGGCCCUUUCCCCCAUGCCAGCCGUGCGGACCUUUGCCCUGACCUCUGGCCUGGCAAUCUUCCUCGACUUCCUACUGCAGAUAACUGCCUUCGUGGCCUUAGUUUCCUUGGACAGCAAGAGGCAAGAGGCCCUCCGGCCCGACAUCCUCUGCUGCCUGGGCCCCCAGAAAGUGCCCCCCUCAGAUCAAAGUGAGGGCCUCCUGCUCCGCUUCUUCCGCAAGACAUAUGCCCCCUUCUUGCUGCAUCGCUUUACCCGCUGUGUUGUGCUGCUGUUGUUCCUGGCCCUGUUUGGAGCGAGCCUCUACUUCAUGAGUCACCUCGUCGUGGGGCUGGACCAGGAGCUGGCACUGCCCAAGGACUCCUACCUGCUCGACUACUUCUCUUUUAUGAAUCGCUACUUUGAGGUGGGGCCCCCAGUGUACUUUGUCACCACCUUGGGCUACAACUUCUCCAGUGAGGCUGGCAUGAAUGCCAUCUGCUCCAGCGCGGGCUGCGACCCCUUCUCCAUGACCCAGAAGAUCCAGUAUGCCACUGAGUUCUCUGACCAGUCGUACAUUUCCAUCCCUGCCUCUUCCUGGGUGGACGACUUCAUCGACUGGCUGACCCCAUCCUCCUGCUGCCGCCUUUAUACCUCGGGUCCCCAUAGGGAUGAGUUCUGCCCCUCAACUGAGAAUGCCUUGAGGUGCUUAAAGAACUGCAUGAGCUUCACGACAGGGCCUGUGAGGCCCACGGUGGAACAGUUCCACAAGUACCUUCCCUUGUUCCUGAGUGACCUGCCCAACAUCAACUGUCCCAAAGGUGGCAUGGCAGCAUACAGCACCUCCGUGAACUUGAGCGCAGAUGGACAGGUUAUAGCCUCCCAGUUCAUGGCCUACCACAAGCCCCUGAAGAACUCGCUGGACUACACAGAGGCCCUGCAGGCGGCACGCUUGCUGGCGAGCAACAUCACAGCCGAGCUGCGGAAGGUGCCGGGCACGGACCCGGCCUUUGAGGUCUUCCCCUACACGAUCACCAACGUGUUCUACCAGCAGUACCUGACGGUGCUGCCCGAGGGCAUCUUCGUGCUCGCGCUCUGCUUCCUGCCCACCUUCCUCGUGUGCUACUUCCUGCUGGGCCUGGACGCACGCUCCGGCCUCCUCAACCUGCUGGUCAUCAUCAUGAUCCUCACGGACACCAUUGGCCUCAUGGCCAUGUGGGACGUCACCUACAAUGCCGUGUCCCUCAUCAACCUGGUCGCGGCGGUGGGCAUGUCGGUGGAGUUUGUGUCCCAUAUCACCCGCUCCUUUGCCAUCAGCACCAAGCCCAGCCGGCUGGAGAGGGCCAGGGAGGCCACCAUCUCCAUGGGCAGUGCGGUAUUCGCUGGGGUGGCCAUGACCAACCUGCCGGGCAUCCUCAUCCUGGGCCUUGCUGAGGCCCAGCUCAUCCAGAUCUUUUUCUUCCGCCUCAACCUCUUGAUCACCACGAUGGGCCUGGUGCACGGCCUGGUCUUCCUACCUGUCAUCCUCAGCUACCUGGGGCCUGACGUCAACCCUGCUCUGGUGUUGGAGAAAGAGCGAGUGCAGGGCAUGGCCACAGCCCCGGAGACCUGCAAGAAGCAGCCACUGGAUGCCAGUGCUGCCACCAAUACCUACAUCAACCACGGCUUCGAUGGCCCUGCCAUGGCAGCCAGUGCCAACUACGGCCCUGUGCCCAGGAGUGGGCGGGAUCUCUGAUGCGCCAGCCUCACCCAGCUCCGUGGCUCUGCACCGAGGGCCACGAGGGUCUUCCUUGUGUGGAGCCCUUCACCCACCCCCUCCUCAGGGCUCAAGAGACCCUGUUCCAGGAAAGUGGCCAUCACUCCGGCCGUGAACUGUCCAGCAGCACCGUGGUGCCACUUUGUGUCCUUCAGGCCUUGGCCAGCUGAGAUGGCCUUCUCCUUCUGGGCCAGGUCUCAGAGCCUCUGGCUAGAUACACUCCAUGUUUAUCCAGGGCUCGGACUUCCUCAUGGGUGCUUGCUUUUCACCCAAUUCUUCCUUCCUUUAAGUCUUUUUUCAGAAAAGUCUGAGAUGGGUGUGGUGGUACAUUCCUGUCAUCCCAGCACUCAGGAGGCUGAGGCAGGAGGAUCACCACCAGCAGUGGUGGCCAAGAGUGUGGGAGUCAGAGUGUGGGGGUCAGUUGGGGUGGGGGCGGCAUGGCUUCUCCACUCCUGGGCAUAGCCUGUAAAGUAAGGAAAACCCA